GCUGCGCCCAGUGAAAGCAUGGAUUUUGAGCAAAAACUAGCUCAAAAACUCGCUUGUAACGACAGGACCGUUCGCGAUAGAGGCGUGAAAAAGUUGAGGAAAUAUCUAGAGGCCCGUUCACAAUCACAGAAAAAUGGGUUCAGCAGAGACGACUUGGUCAAGAUCUGGAAGGGUCUCCACUACUGCAUGUGGAUGUCGGACAAACCCUUGGUUCAGGAAGAUCUGGCCGAGCUCAUAUCGUCCCUUAUCCACAACCUCAAGACGCCAGAUGCUGCAUUCAUGUUCCUGGAGACGUUUUUCGAGACCGAGUGUAGGGAGUGGUAUGGGAUCGACAGAUUACGGAUCGAUAAGUUUAUGAUGCUGAUUAGACGAAUGUUCCGGCAAACAUUGGUGGUACUGAAGAAGAGUAAAUGGAGCAAGAAUCUGGUUACGCGACUUUUGGAGCUUCUAUCGAAGGAUUUGAUCUCAGCCGACGGAAAUGCUCCCAUCGGUGUGCGGACACAUCUCAUCGAUGUCUUCUACACGGAGCUGACUCGAGUAGCCUCAGAUGAGCUCUCUUCCGACCAAGUGUUGACCUUCUUUGAACCGUUCAUCCAACUCUAUGCCAAGGGUAAAAAUAAAAAGCAAAUGAAUCGUUUCUUCAUGGAGAUCAUCAUCGACUCCGAUGUUGGCUUGUCCGAAGCGAGGGCGGAGAAGCGCCAAGAUGAACCACCGAGGCUGAAUAUCGACUAUUCCAAAAUGGCCGAUCGUUUGUUUGAAGUGGCGAGCUCCGGUGUGUGCAGGAAGGCAAAUAGAGACAAUAUGUAUGGCAUUGUGAAAAAAUUCCGUAACUUGGCCGAGGGUAUUUUCCCGCGGGACAGAAUAGCGGAUGACUCUGAUGACUCCAUCACUAGGGACGACAUCAACAAGGCCGUGGCUCAGCUGAUGGCCAUGGAGAAGCCCAGGGAGAAGAAGAGGAAGAGAAAGCGACAAGAAUCUGAUGACAGUGAUGACAGUGAUGAGGAUGCUGCAUUCAGUGAUGAGAGUGAUGAACAAGUUGCUGCCCCGCCUAGAAAGAAAAAGAAAGGAAAGUCGAAUCAACCUAAGUUUGAAAAUUUGAAGGAAAAUACGGGAAAUGAUCUCGAUGUUGAUGAUAUGUCGCAAAAACAAGAUUCAAAUUCAAAGCAAAGUAAGAAAAACAAGGGAAAGAAAGGUUUGGAAUCCAAAGGGGAUACAACAUUGAAAAGAAAGGGUAAGAGAGGAGCAGACGGUCAAGAGGGAAAAUCUAAGGAAGGAGAGGAUUCCACACAAGUUGUGGGCGGUAAAAGUUUGAAGGGAGGAGAAGGGGUGAUGUCAAAAACUGAUGAGAUACGUGGGAAAGAUUCUGUUAAGAAGAAGAAGAAAAAUAAGGAGAAUUCUGGUGAGGUGAAUCAAGCGAUUGUUCCGCAUCAGUUUACUGUCGGAGAAAAGAAAGCUUUAAAUGCGGAGUUCAAUCAAUUUGAACAAAAAGUUGCGCAAUUAUCGGAGGAGAGGAGUGGUACUGAGAAAGCUGGAAAGUUGAAGAAAAAACGACGUAAGUCUUGCGGGGAUGCGCUGGGUACUUUGAUUCUGAGUAAGAAAGAGAAAAAUGAUGGUGAUCUUGUGGGUCAAGAUGAAACUGGGAAUGACAUUGGUGAUCAUACUGAAGUAGAGAAAGUUUCCUUGAAGGCUAAGUCAAAAAAACGGAGAAGUUUGGGUUCACUGAUGUCUGAAAUGUCCAAGACGGCCGAGUCGUCUGCUCCGGAUGCAAAUGAGCCUGUGUAUUCAAAGAUUAAGAAAAGGCUGAGUGGUGGACAGUCUGAUGCUGCCUUGAAGGUCAAGGUCGCAAGCCCUGGGAGUUCAAAGGUCAAGGUCGUGACACCUGGAAGUUCGAAAAAGAGUUCUGCACAAGUGAGUGCGUAUGCUAAGAUGAUGGAAAAGCGUCGUGAGGAACUGGUAUCGGAUACGCCAUCUAGUGGUAUGAACAAAAAUCGAAAGCAUGUAAACUUUGAUUCUGAAUGCAAAACACCUAUUCCUUCGAGUCCGAAAAGUCCGGCAAUGUCCAGUCCGUCUGUGAAGGCUGACGUAUUGACUCCUGUUCCAAAGUCCUCAAAGAAAUGGGAGAAAACAAGACUGGAUACGCCUGCUAGAUCUGCGAGUCUGAAAAAGAAACAGAAGAAAACAAGCCCGGUGCAUGAAUUUGACUUCUUGACGCCUACCAACAGUGGAAAGAAGAAGAAAUUGACCGGGACACCAGUGGGGCCAUCUAGUAGUAAGAAAGGGAAAACUCAACUGACGAAUAUUGCGGAAGAAAAUCCGGAGCCAGCGUCGGCGAAGAUUGAGAAGAAUUUGUUUGCUGCGUUUGAGAAGGUCAAGACUCCACCUGCCGUGUUUGUGAAGAAAGCUGUAACCAAGGUGACACCCAAGGUCACGCCCAAGGCCAAGCAGAAUGAGACACCGAAGAAAAAGUCUCCAAAAAGUGCCACAUCCUCGGAGAAGAAGAAGAAAUCAAAGAGAGUCAGCUUCAUAAUGGCAAGAAACAUGGAACAAGAUUUCAAGGACAGUCUCAACGUCAGUCCGGUACCACCGUUCGUCCCAGACAAAAGGCCGGAAAACAGUAUCCUGAAAUCACCAGCGGUCACUCCGAAACAGAUGUUACGCGCGAAGCAGCUUCAACUACUGUUGAAAAACAAGACACCAACAAUGUCACCAUUGGCAAAAAGUCCGAAAUCAGUUCAGAGGAUGAUGCAGAAAAAAAACAAAAACAAAAAAAGGAGCAGUAUAUAAAGAUGUUCGGACAAUUGGAAAUAUAGAGUUUGAAAUGAAUGUUUUACAUGUCACGUUUGAUAGUAUCAUUGCCGGUAUGUAAGUUACUUGAGUGUAUCUGCAUGGUCAGGCGCACACACACGAUUCAUGAGUUAUUAUUGGCACACACUCUGGAGUUGCUAUUGGCACUUGUUGUCAAGUUGCAAUUGGCACUUGUUGUCAAGUUGCAAUUGGCACUUGGACAGGAAUUACAGUAAAACCUCCCUUAGCAGACACCUCUCUACUAAGGACACUUCUCUACUAAGGACACUGCAUUUGGCCCCAAGUUGGUCAUUCCCAUUGAAUUUGACCACUUUAAUCAGGACACCUCUCUAUAAUAAAGGACAGCACUUGCCAGUCCUAAGGGUGUCCUUAAUUGAGAGGUGUCCUGAUUUAAAUCAGCACUCAUUGUGGAGUUACAAUUAGCACUUAUUCUGGAGUAGCCAUAAGAUUUCAUUCUGGAGUUAACACUCCGAUCAUGGCUAGGCCUUAUCUCUGGAUGUUUUGAUCAGACAGGUGAUUGGUACAUGUACCACUCCGAUCAUGGCUAGGCCUUAUCUCUGGAUGUUUUGAUCAGACAGGUGAUUGGUACAUGUACCACACUUGUUCUGGAGUAGUCAUAAGCUUUCAUUCUGGAGUUAACACUCCGAUCAUGGCUAGGCCUUAUCUCUGGAUGUUUUGAUCAGACAGGUGAUUGGUACAUGUACCACUCCGAUCAUGGCUAGGCCUUAUCUCUGGAUGUUUUGAUCAGACAGGUGAUUGGUACAUGUACCACACUUGUUCUGGAGUAGUCAUAAGCUUUCAUUCUGGAGUUAACACUCCGAUCAUGGCUAGGCCUUAUCUCUGGAUGUUUUGAUCAGACAGGUGAUUGGUACAUGUACCACUCCGAUCAUGGCUAGGCCUUAUCUCUGGAUGUUUUGAUCAGACAGGUGAUUGGUACAUGUACCACUCCGAUCAUGGCUAGGCCUUAUCUCUGGAUGUUUUGAUCAGACAGGUGAUUGGUACAUGUACCACUCCGAUCAUGGCUAGGCCUUAUCUCUGGAUGUUUUGAUCAGACAGGUGAUUGGUACAUGUACCACGCUUCAAAACUUCAGAUUUUGAGAUGGUGUUGACAUGCCACAUUUGGUUCACUGCCAGCGCUGGCACUGAGAGGGUUAAUGCAUUGCUUACCAGCAGAUCCAGGUGAAUGGGUUAUAUCAACAUUGUUUGUAACCUGAUUCUCCUCUGCCUUGGCAAGUCUGAAAUACAAGAUGGGCUUGAUGUUGAUGUUAUCUCUCAGGCAGAGUUCCUCGAUGGACCGAUCGUAGCCCAAACAAGCUAUUACCUGCAGCAGUCUCUACUCUGGUAAUUGCCAAGUUCCUCGAUGGACCGAUGGUAGCCCAAACAAGCUAUUACCUGCAUCAGUCUCUACUCUGGCAAUUGCCAGUCAUCACUCAAAGCUCCAAAUUGACUGGCUCAAAGAUUCAUUUUUAGCGCCCGAGAAGAUCAAAAGAGUGGUCUAUAUCGCUAGCCGUGCGAAAUCACCUUUAAUGUUGUUGUAUGGCUUUAUCUGGCUACGAUUUGUGCAUCGAGCAUCUCUGCCUGACUGGUAGUGGUAGGCCUAUAUGUAUGGCUUUAUCUGGCUACGAUCGGUGCAUCGAGCAUCUCUGCCUGACUGGUAGUGGUAGGCCUAUAUGUAUGGCUUUAUCUGGCUACGAUCGGUGCAUCGAGCAUCUCUGCCUGACUGGUAGUGGUAGGCCUAUAUGUAUGGCUUUAUCUGGCUACGAUUUGUGCAUCGAGCAUCUCUGCCUGACUGGUAGUGGUAGGCCUAUCUGUAUGGCUUCAUCUGGCUACGAUCGGUGCAUCGAGCAUCUCUGCCUGACUGGUAGUGGUAGGCCUAUCUGCAUGGCUUUAUCUGGCUACGAUCGGUGCAUCGAGCAUCUCUGCCUGACUGGUAGUGGUAGGCCUAUCUGCUCUGUCAGCCUGACAACCUCAGGAAUCCAAUGGUGAAAACGUUGUAACUCGUGCUGUGGGAAGGCUCUACCGACAGGUAGCAGCUCAUAAACAAUUCCUCUUCUAACUUGACGUACAGGUUGUAUUCCGUUUUUUGCGGUUUUAACUGCUGAGAAUAGUUGUGCUGUGUAUUGUAAUGCCGAGUUGUUUUGGCUGGAUGCUGUUUGAAAAUGGCUGCACAUUUUCAUUUCUUCCACACUUGCUUACACUUAAACCCCAUCUCGCAAACCCUGGGUUCAAGUGAUGACUCAUCUGAGUAACUUCUAGUGCAUAGCAUCACAAUGCUUGACACAUGUACUAUGAGAACCUCUCACUGUGGUGCUCAAGCAGGAAAUGAUGAGGGGACCUGUUGACCGCGACCUUCUGUAUCCACGAUUUGGGAUUCACAUGGGUUUUGACGUACCAUACUCCCUGGUGUAAGAGUCAUCCAACGAACUGGUUGAAAGAGAGAUUUCCAAUCAAUGAAAUUUCUCCACAUUCACAUUAUCAAGCUCAAUGCGUAACUUGUGUUCCAAGAACAGAUCUUGAUUUAAAAAAUUUUAAAAUUUUAAUUUAAGAAUCAUGGUGAGUCAUUAAUUUUUGUCACUGAGGUGAUAACGAUAUUAUCAUCCUACCAGAAGUGAUAAGGAAAUAAGUCAUUUUGUCAUUCAAUUAUAAUUUCAAAAGAGGUGACAAUCAUUUAAGUUUACUGGCACAUUAUAAUUGAAAAGCUGGUUUGUAUUAGUUUUAUUAUCAUUAUUGAAGAGGUGAUUUCAAAAUUAAUCAAUUUUGCCACCAAAACCUAUAAUUGAAAUUGGUGGCAAGUUGAGUGUUACUUUGACCACCAUAUUAUAAUUGAAAAGGUGGCUUGAAAAUCAAUUCACUUCACCACUGAAUAAUGAACGAAUUAGUGAAAAUAGUUCCUUUUUGCCACCAGGAUGUUAUUCAUGCAGUUAUGGACAGGGUGAGAAAAAUCCCUCCUAAUUAUAAUUGAGGAGGUGAAGGGCCUAAGUCAUGGUACAGCCAGAUAGAGAGUGCAUUUAUGAAUAUGUGUCGUUUUUAUGGGGUCGUUGACUCUUGAAAGACAAUCUAUAACAUAAGGUAGAGUGGUACAAUUACGGUCAUGGGCCCAUUUGUGCAAAAUAAGUUUUGUUACCAAUGCUGGUGUUAAGACUAAUGGUGUCACCUGAGUGAGAAAACGCCAGCGUCAGUGACAACACUUGUUUUUCACAACUGGGCCCUGAAAAGAUAACAAAAAGUUUUAGAGUGAAUGCCAGCAUUCGGGCCAACCAGACCCAGGUGUAAUUCAAGCCCCUCAAGUGUAGAAAACAGCUCACAGUGUGCAUCACUGCACAUGAACACUGUAAUUGUACCACCUUUCUUUACCUGUGAUUCAAUGGAAAGAUUUGAAAUUGUAAAUCUUUUACGACUUUUAAGUUUUCUCUUCAAGUGUUUUGCCACAUGAAAACAAGUUGAACAUGCAGUAUAUUUUGUGUGGUCAUCAAUAGACAAGUAUGUGAUUUGCUUCCUCACUUGUGAUGGUGAGAAAUAAAAGGAUUAU